AAAAAAAAAAAAAAAAAAAACAAUUUUAAUUAUACAUAAGAAUACAUACAUCUAUGUGUUAUUGAAUAUAGUCUAUAUGCCUAUUGUACCUGUGACUUUUGAUAUUUAUAUAGCAUGAUAGCGCCCAACUCUGGUCGUGGAGCGAACAUCAGCAGCACGGAGGAAAACAACACCACGCGCCUCAGCAACAGUAACGUAGUCUGGUGUGCGCGGGCACGAGCGCGGAACCGAGCGCGCACCUCAACGCCAGCUGUCUUCUGAGGGGGACCCUUACCGCCCCUCCCCAAAAGACAUGUCUGCAGCCGCAUAAACCAGAGAAUUUUGAGCCUUUUGUCCUUCAGCUGACGAGGACCAGUUCGUAAAUUCCCUCGCUUCGAUAUUCCAGCUCCAGCAUCACCUUUACACAGCGACAUCCCAUCGACCUCCAGCAGCGCAGCAACGCCCAUAGCAACGGCCCUGCGCAUCCUCCUCAAUCUGUUUCUCUGACCCAGCAACACCGGCCGCCCUCCACCAACAACCAACCUGCUUUCCGACGACCUUCUGAACGCUGGAUCCAUAUCACACCGUUCAGUUUUUCUCUUUAUUGCACCAUGAACGCGCCUUGUGCGGUUAUUGUCUCACCAUUCAAAGUCCCUGGUCAUUUCGAAAGCCCUUCCUCCAGCUGAAACAAUAAGGGAUCCUCCUCCCUUCAACUCACCUGUAAGAUCUGACCUAUCAAGGACCUGGCAGCGGCACGGGAGCUCCGCCCACCACACCCUCUAAAUGAGGGACAAGGCCACCCAGACCCCUAGGGCCUGGGUAGAUGAGCGGAGGAGAGGCUCUCAUAAGCGAUCGGCUUCCUGCGGCAGCACUGACCAGCUGAAAGAAAUUGCAAAAUUGCGACAACAGCUCCAGCGGAGCAAACGCAGCAGCCGCCAUCGCCGGGACAAAGACCGCAAAUCCCCCUUUAAUGGCAACCAUGCCAUCAUCCAAUCACAGUCUCAGAUGCCUAAAACCAUCCUGAUUCCCAUCCCCAUCUCUAAGUCCACACCUCCCAGAUUUCGGAACAGCAUAGAGGGGCUCAACCAGGAGAUUGAACGCAUCAUCAUCCGGGACACUGUGGAGAGAGAUGAGAUCAUAGUACCACAGGACGUUCCUGAUGGGCACCGCGCGCCCCCGCCCCUCCCCCAGCGCAGCAGCAGCACACGCAGUAUUGACACACAGACGCCCUCCAACGGCGGCCUCGGCAGUAACCGUAGCAACAGCAGCAGCCGGGCUGACUCUGUCUCACCGUCGUACCUCAGCAUCCUCAACGACACGGUGGGAAACAGCCCGCUCGACGACACGCUCAACGAGAGCAAAGAAAGAGACCUAGGACCUUGGUCUCCUCUGCCCAAAUAUGCUUCAUCUCCAAAGCCCAACAACAGCUAUAUGUUCAAACGUGAGCCCCCGGAGGGCUGCGAGAGAGUCAAAGCUUUUGAAGAAAACCAGCCAAGGCCUCUCCAGGAGAUUCCUCCUUAUCUCUGCCCAGACAGAAACAAGGUGAACUUCAUUCCCAAAAGCGGCUCUGCUUUCUGCCUGGUGAGCAUCUUGAAGCCUCUGCUGCCCACCCAGGAGCUGAACUUCCGUAGCGGGAUGGGAUACCACAGCAUCUCCCCCUCAUUGGUGCCUCUGGGUGGGGUCGCGGUGAGGAGCCUGUCCCCCUCCAUGGGUCCCAUCUUGUCCCGUGGACGUCAGUCACCAUGCCUCCCACGACAUCUUGAGGAGCCAGAAGGUUAAAACGGAAGAGAGGAAUGUCAGCUGAUGAACAGAGAUGCCAUUUUUCCUCCACUCCUGUAUCAUCUGAUAGAGUCAGAGCUUUGUUAGGAAUUUAUCCAAGAACCCGUUCUGAACAACUCCGAGAGAUAUCAGUCUGAAACUUGAACAUGAGUUUUUUUGUUGUUUUUUUCUAAGGGUAAUGUUACAUGUUAAACUAUGAACGAAAGGAGGUUUUUAAGAUGGUGUAUGUAUAUACAUUUUUAGUAUUGCACUGCUUUUUACUUUCUCAACUAUUUAUUGCAUUUUACCAUGAAGCCUUUGAAUUUUCUUAUGUAUAGCUGCAUCCUUUAACCUACACAAAAGUUCGAAAUAAUUAAGAUUUUUGAAAGAUGUCUCUUAAGCUCACCAAGGUUGUGUUUAUUUGAUCGGAAAUACAGUUAAACAGUUAUUUUGUGAAAUAAUACUAAAUGUUUUCUAAAUGUCAUUUAGUAAAACUAUAUUUUCAUCAUCGUUUUUCUAGUCUUCAGUAUCACAUGAUCCUUCAGAAAUGAUUCCUAUGUGCUGACUUCGUGCUACAGAAAUCAUUUCUUAAAAUCAUUGUUGAAAACCGUUUUAAAAUGCAUUAUUUUAUUCAGCAAGGAUGCAUUAAAUGGAUCAGAAGUGACAGUAAAGACAUUUUUAAUGUUACAAAAUGUUUCAAAUAAAUGAAUUUUCUAUACAUUAAAGAAACAGUCACGUUUCAUCAUUAGUGAUAAUAAGAACUGUUAUUAACAGAGUACCAAUAAUAAUUCUGAAGGAUCAUGUGACACUGAAGACUGGAGGAAUGCAUACUGAAAACUCAGCUUUGCCAUCACAGGAAUACAUGAUAUUUUUUUAAAUAUAUUAACAUAGAACCAGUUCUCUUAAAUAACAUAUACAGUUACUACUGUAUUUUAAUAAAAUAAUCUGGCUUUGGUGAGUAUAAGACACUUCUUAAAAAAAAAAAAAAAAGUUGUAAUUUUUAAUUUUUCCAAACUUUUCGACCUGUAUUGUAAAUUUAAGUAAUUUGAUUUACUAGGGAAAUGGAGCUUUUAGGUCACUGUUUUAGUUGCUUAUAGUUUACAUGCAGUUUGAUUAGAGCUGGCAGAACAACCAGAAAUGCUGUAGCAGAUUUGAGGAGGACUAACAAAUGUGCCUGACUCCCACCACUCGUUCGUAGGACCCCAUUUUCAUACAGUCCUUUUUCUAUCAUCGUCUGUCCCUACAUCCAGUCUCGCCCCUUAAAUGUAUAGAGCCCUUCCCCUAUAUGUAACCGGUAUGUGCUUAAUGUGAUUUGCUGGUGAGAGGAAGUUGGUACAUGAACAGCCUGGAGGAGACAUAGAUCAAAUGUACCGGACAGUAUUAUGAUUAUGAUGCACUUGUCAGUUCUGUUGCUAAAUUUCAAGAUUAGUUCAACAGAUAUGUGUCAUUACUGUAAUUUCAGUCGAGUGAAGGAAAAUAGAUCGGAAUAUCAGAGCACACUGGAUAUGAAAGACUUGUCAUGUAUAACAAUGAAAGAAAAGGGAUGCAAAGAAUUUAAGAGGGAAGCAUGGCUUUAGCUAAUAGUGAACUGAUUUGAACUGUAGCAUCUUUAUACUGUGAAAUUUAUAAAUCACACCGUAAAGCUUCCUUUCUUCCAAAAAGAAAAAAGCUGAAAGAAAUUAGGCAAUCCUUAAAAAAAUGGUAUGUAAUUGCCUUAAUACUGAAUUGUGUGUAAAUUAGACUGGUGCCUGUUACUGAAUUUAAGUUGUUACAACAUUUGUUUCUUUCUGUGAAUACAAGGAACAUGGUUUCUUGACAGGAUAAAAUUGGAUUUUAUGUUGAAUAUAUUUACAAAUAAUGAGAGAAAUAACACUCAGAAACGGGAUUCAACUCAGAUUUAUUUGCUCUCAGAUACAAAAGCUCUCAAUCCAGUUUCCUUCAUUGAAAUUGUACAUUAUUUAAUUGAAACAAAGGCCAAGUUGCAUAAAAUAAACAGAUGAAAGCA